CCGUUGCAGAAACGACAGAGAACCGUGGAGGAUUUCAACCAGUUCUGCACCUUUGUUUUGGCCUACGCGGGCUACAUCCCCUACCCUGAGGAGGUAAGUGGGCUUGUGAGGUGCAGCAUGAGUCCCCAGAACAGCACGGGGAGCACUCAGGACAGCGAUAGCUGGGCCUCGUCCCACUCCUCCGACUGCCACAUCCUGACAGAUGAUGGGAGGAGCAGGAACGCUGUGGCCAGGGGGGCUGCGGACAACAGCCUGCUUGUGAGCUGCCCUGCCUUCCCCACCAGCUUCUACGAUGUCCGACCCCAGCAAACCAAACGGAAGAAACCACCAGCAAAGAAACUCAUUUUGGAGCAGGAGGUGGAGAAGAGGGUGCCGCUGAGCACUGGGAAGGGCUUCGGGGCAGAGCAGGACGGGGUGAAGGAGCUGGCUGCACUGGAGGGACAGGUGUCUCCCAUGAAAGAGCAGCUCUUGGAGCCUUCCCUCAACCCGGCUGGGGACCCCCAGCCCAACUCCCUCCUGGAGGAGCUGAUGAAGGAGGAGAAGGACUGGGUGCACGGAGUGCAGGAGACCGAGAAGCCAGCAGGAGACAAUCCUCAGCUACAGGAGCAUGAACCCUGCUCUGGAGGGAGAAAAAGCCCCAAUUCUUGUAGUACCUUGGACCAAAGCGAAGGGGAAGAUGCAAGCAGAGGGAGCUCCCAGCUUAGUGACGACGAUGCCUGGGAUCUGAUCACCUGCUUCUGCCUGAAGCCCUUCGCAGGGAGGCCCAUGAUCGAAUGUAACGAAUGCGCUACCUGGAUCCACCUCUCUUGUGCCAAGAUCCGCAAAUCCAACGUGCCUGAGGUUUUCAUCUGCCAGCGAUGCCGCGAUGCCAAGCAGGAGAUUCGCCGCUCGAACCGAGCUCGGACGGUGCCCCGCAAACGCUUCUGUGACUGA